AUGCGAGAUGAAUAUAUAUUUGAAAAUAUAAUCGAUCCAGAUUAUAAAUAUAAAUUUUCUCUUGAACUUGAACGUUAUUAUAAAAAAGAUAAAUGUACAUUAUUAAAUAUUUUAUGUAAAAAAAUUCUUACAUCUUCAAAUUCUGAUAAUCAAUUACAUCAACAACGUUCAUCAACUACACCACGUUAUUUACCAUCACAAUAUUUAUUUGGUAGUAGUUUAACUGAUGAAUUAGCUGUAUUUGAUUUUACAUCUAUUGCUGCUAGUCAACAACAAAAUGAUUUAAAUAAAAAUCAAUUAAAUUUAUUAUCAGAAAAUUCUUUUGAAAUAUCUUUAAAUAAAAACAAUGAUGAUAGGCCAGCAUUAAUUGAAGGUACAGAUAAUGAUUUUAGAGCUAAUUUUAUUGAAAUUGAAAUGGAUGAACUUAAUUUACAUCCGUGUAUGGUACCAAUGAUAUGUUUACUUAAACAUAUGGAAACAAAUGGUAUAAUACCAAUUCAAUCAGAUAUGCCAUCUUGGAUGAUUUGUUUAUAUAAAAAAUUUAGUGAUACAACAAUAACAUUUAAUAUAAAAUUAUUUAUUAUACGUCUUAUUAUACAUACACAUGCAAUAUUUAAACCUUAUGCACGUUAUUGGUUAACACCAAUAAUUCAUAUGUGUAAUCAAAUGUUUGAAAAAUCUUCUGAAGCUAUACCAAGUGAACUUGAUAGAACAGCAGUACAACGUUUAUUAGAAUAUUUAUUUCUUAAUUGUACACAUAAAAAUACAUUUAUUAUGAAAACAAAUUUAGAUUUAAUUAAAAAAUUAAUUGAAUCAUGGAAUGAACGUAUAUAUGCACCAACAUUAAUUAUAUAUAAAUUAAUAUCAGAUCAAGAUAUUAAAUCAAAACAUAAUGCUGUAGGUUUAUCAUUAAUUGGAAUAUUAUUAGCUAAUAAUAUAUUACCAUAUAAUGAAAUAAAUGAUUUAACUGAAGAUAAAUUUAAUGAAACAUUAUUAAAAAAUAUGAAAAAUUCUUUUCGAAAUAUUUAUGCAGCAGCUGCUGAAGUUGUUGGAAUGUUAUUAAAUGUUAAAAAAUUAAAAGAUCAAUCAAAUGAACGCUUAUUAGAGUAA